AUGUCGAGCAUUUCGUCACCACACAGUUCUGCGCGGGGAACUGCCUAUAGGCCGUCGACGCCAGACCAGAUGAGACCUACGCUUUCGCGACCGAGCACUUACUCUGUUGCGCCAAAAUCAGAAUUCCUACGACAUGCGCUGGAAGCACGGAGGGCACAGAACACACCAACUCCUUCGCCUCAGGAAGUCAAGGCGCCACCGCCACCAACGUCGAUGCCCUUGGAUAUACAUACACCCAAAACCUCACCCGAUGUCUUUGACGAGUUUGCCCUCACCGAGGAGCAAACAACACCCGUUUCGCCCAUCCGGCGACGAAGACCUAGCGAUGUUGGCACGCCGCGCUCCAAGACGAAUCGAGACCUCACCAAUGAUAUCCAGAAGCUAAAGGAGUCGUUAAUGACUUCCAACAUGCGGGUGGAGCUGCUGAAGAAGGACAACAGAGAGUUACAGCACCAACUGACGGCUACAAAGGAACAAGUUGAGCGACUUGAGCCACUGGAGGAUGAAAACUACGAGCUGCGUGCGGAGAACAAACAACUGAAACUCAAACUGGAUAAGAUGAGUGAGGAAAUCUCCAGCUUACGAGAAGACAACGAAGAACAGCGGAUGAACAACGUGGAGCUCACCGCUAUAGCAAGCGAGACUGCCGCGCACUUCGCAGAACACGAGACUGCUCUUGCAGAAGCGGCCGAGUGCAUCAUCAAGAUGGAGGAGGAAAAGGCCUUACUCGACAAGGAACUCAAGAUGCUCAAAGAGCGCGUCAUGGUGAUAGAAAGCCAUUCUCCCGCUAGCACACUCGUCAACACUCCUGGAAAGUACCCGCCUAGCGUCUACAGUGUGGACGAGGAACGGCCCACUACUUCUCAUUUCGACUCGGAUUACUACAGCCAGGUAGAGGACACGCCGUCAGUCAAGCCGAGCCAUGAAUCGAUAAGGUCGUUUACGCCUUCAGAACGGUCAAAGAAGUUUCUUGACUUGACCGAAGAGCGGCGGAAGUCUGCUCGAGACCUGUCUGAGCGUAUGUCUGCUGUCUCUCUGAAGGCAUUACGCGAAGCGUCUCCCUCCCCACUUCCAGAAGUUCCUCAGGUUCCCACUACAUACCAACAAGAGAUUCCGACAAUCAUCGCCGAUGACAGGUCUGCCACCCCCUCCAGGACUCCCGUACCUCAUCGCCAAGGUUACCAGCCGCCCUCACGGUCUCUGAUGGACGCAGCAGAGAUCUCCCCAGCUCGGCCGCAUACAGUUGCCCCACAAUCUCACGAACGCCAACCGGACGGUCUGCGAGGUUUAUAUCGCCCCCGUAGGACUUUGUCAGGCAGGAAAUCAAGUGAUCGCCGCCCGUCAUCAAGUUACGUCCCAAACACCACCAGCACUUCCGCCAGUUUUGCAGGUCGCCAACAGUCCAUGCAAGAGACUUGCCCUCAGGUCCCUUCACGCAGCACCAGCAAGCGUGCGAGUACUACAAAUUCAGACGAGCACCUUCAACGCCGCAUACCACACCGCCGAACAACCGAUGCUGACAGACCAUCCACCAUGUAUACACUCCCCAACGCGGACCUCAUGUCAUCAGGGUGGGAAAUGAUAUCCUCCGAUUCCUCCCCUCCUCCCGUCUCCAAUGCCUCCACAACCGAUCUAACCUCGGUUGUAGAUCCACGCGAAGACAGGGACGGAUGGUGGCGCAGUUUAGAUCGUCUGACUCUACCUCAAGCACUGGCUCAGCAGCAACAACAACAACAGCAACAACAAAAGGAUCAACGGGAUCAACAGACACCGCGACCUUCUAAACCUCAUUCUAGGUCGAGAUCGGUUGCUCCCCUUCCGCCUCCUAUUGACACUGGCAAUCCCACUACGCCGCUGACGGCUUUGAAUAGUCAUCCUGUCGAACAGGACUUCUUGUUCAAUGUCAAAGAAAGCGAAGACGACUUUCUGCGAAAGACCAGGGGUAGUGUU